AAGCCAGCCGAGGGAAUGGGUGCCUCUGUCUCAGUGUUUAAAAAACCAGCCCAGGGCUGACUCAUAGCUUCUCUUAAUCGAAGUCAUCUGUUUGCAAUGCUGCAUCCAGCACUGCCUUUACCGCGGUUCGUGGGGGUUUGGGAAGGGAAGAGGAUUUUCACUUGGCCUUGAUUUAUUCCGAAAGUCGUUCGUUAACUACCAGAUUAUCUGUUCCGUGGCUCUACCCAGUUUCUUCAAGAAAUCAUCCCCAACUUUUUCCAGUAUUGUCCGGAUACUUUUGUAAUAGUAGGCUACCCACGCACCGUACCGAAGAGUUCUGUAAAAGGAAAAAAGACUCUGGUAAGAGCUCUAGAGUAGCAUCACCUCAGUGUCUCCGUGCGCGCACUUGCUGUAACACCCACCAUGAGCGUGCUGCCUCCUGUACGAAAGGAUCGCAUCAUCACAAAGCUUCCUCAGUGUCCCACAAAAGGAGCUGCACUGCACACAAAGGAUGCUUUCCACCCCAAGGUGAAGACGGCAUGUCAGGAGCACCGGACUGGCACAGUGGGGUUCAAGAUCUCCAAGGUCAUUGUUGUCGGUGACGUGGCUGUGGGAAAAACCUGUCUAAUUAAUAGGUUCUGCAAGGAUACCUUUGACAAGAACUACAAAGCCACAAUCGGGGUGGACUUUGAGAUGGAGAGGUUUGAGGUGCUGGGUGUUCCCUUCAGUUUACAGCUAUGGGACACUGCCGGACAGGAGCGGUUCAAGUGCAUCGCCUCCACGUACUACAGAGGAGCACAGGCCGUCAUAAUCGUGUUUGAUGUGAAUGACGUGGGCUCUCUUUACCAUGCAAGGCAGUGGCUGGAGGACGCCAUGAAAGAGAACGACCCCUCCAGUGUGCUGCUCUUCCUGGUGGGAACCAAGAAGGACCUGAGUUCUCCUGCCAUGUUCUCCCAGAUCGAGCAGGACGCCAUCAAACUGUCAGAAGAGAUUAGAGCAGAAUACUGGGCGGUGUCUGCACUGUCAGGAGAGGGCGUGAAGGAGUUCUUCUUCCGCGUGGCGUCACUGACCUUCGAGGCAAAUGUUCUGGCCGAGUUGGAGAAGAGCGGACCCAGACGCAUCGGCGACGUUGUCAGAAUAAACAGCAAUUCCAGCAACUUGUAUGCAACAUCCCAGAAGAAACAGUCUAACUGUUGCCACUGAGGUUGACUUGUACAGUAACAGAAAGUUUGGCUGGAAAUUGCCACAGCAAGGUACUAAAGCACAUGGAUAACUGCCUUGAUAACUGUGUGAGAAAUGUUCACAGCAGAGACGCCGUGGAAAAAGCCUCUAAACGAGACCAAAUGUAAGUAUUACAAAGGGGACUCCACAUGGUACGAACAGUGUUAUUGUCAGUGAGGAAGUUGUGGAUGAUUCCCACAAAGGAGCUGGACUUCAACAUCUUGGUAUAUUGCCAUUGUAUUGGCUGAAAGCUUUCAGCAUCAUUAGUUUGAAUUUCUUCAAAAACAAAGCGCACAAAGAAGAAUUACAUUUUUUAAUGGUAUGAUAGAUUUUAUUGUAAUGCGUCAUGUAUUAACGGGACAAUCAUCUUACUGUUGCAGACAUGCUGCUUGAUAGCCAAGUAUUUUUUGUGCAUUUCUCCUUUGGAUUUCAGUUAAUUUUUUGUGCUUUUAGGUCCCAUCCAUGUAGUUAAUGAGUUAAUGACUGCCUUUGAGAAUACUCUACUUCCUGGACCAUGAGAUUCUCAAAUACAUUGUAAUACCAAGGCCUUGUUUUAAAAAAAUAUAUAUAAAACAACAUGUUCAAGUGGGACCUCACUUUGUGACCAAUUAAACACGUACAUUUUGAAAAAGUUAGUGUGAUGGCCUUACAUGUUAGGUUUUGAUACAAGGUACAAAUUACAAAUGUUAUAUUGUGUUUUAAAAAAAAUGGAAUUUACCUGUUCAAAAUAAUCAUUCUAGUUUUGACCUCUAUGCAAUGAAUUCAACAACUGUAGUCAGGGCAAGUAACUGUUUGGACUGUAUAAGCCUCAAAUUCAAUAAAGAGUAUUUCAUAGCA